AUGCGUUAUGAAAACUGGGAUGUUCUCAUCUUUCCCGAGGGCACCAAGGUGCCCGUGCAAGAGUUCAAGACCCAAUGCUUCGUUAUAAGGGAGACGGAAUCCUCUUACCUGCAAAAUGUAUCCACUGGUCAUUCUUAUUAUCCUGUUCAAGGUAAUUAUGGCCAGCUUCCUGUUCUCACCACUUUUAUCCCCAGCAUGACCAAGGACAGCCCCUAUCGCUUCUCUAUACACUCUUGGGAGAAACCUCGUCCGUCUCGUCUCAUCGAGGGCAUGAUGCAGCCAGAUGACUUGCUCAUGUAUGAAGCGCGCGUGUUUGUGGAUCAGCAAUGUGUUGCGGCUGGAUUCUUUUCUCAGCGAACCCAAUGGCCUUAUGUGAUCGUUCUCACAUCGACCGGGAAGGCAAUCAGGAUGCACUCCGUUUUCCUUCUUUCCACCGCGAAAUCUUGGAUCAACGCCACUGGGAUGCAGGCGAUUCAAACGGUCGCAUCCGUCUCGUUAUUGCCGAAGGAUUCUCUCGUCCUCAUCGCUCGCCCCCCCUUUGAGAGAUUCAAAGAUGUCAUCAUGUUCUCUUUCCAACACGCUCCACUCCAUAUACUCGAAUACUCCACUAUCGCCUGGCCCAACCCAUCUAUGUGGGCGCCUUCUCGACCUGCGUUCAAGUAUACCGGUACUUGUGAGCCCAAGGCAGCCGAUGACCAUAGCCACUCUCCCUCCAAGUCUGGACCACGUCUCGCAGCCAUGAGCCUGCCCAGUGUCCCACAAAGUUAUAACCCCUGGGCCCAAACCAGGCCUUUCCCCCUGCCACAGACGUGGAGUGAUCAAGACCCUCGAUACGCCAACGUCAAUCACCGUUUCUCUGAGCCAUUCGCCGAACCAACAUCACUCUUCAACGAGCGUGAGCGUGGAUGGAGCCAGCGUGGCGCCCGAUCCUCUCGUGAAGAUAUCCCCAUGCCUGAUUACUCCAGCAGUUCAGCCAGCAGCCGCGUCAUUUCAAGCGAUACCGGAAACAGCUACGAGCAAGUCCACAUGGACGACGAUCAAUACAACAUGCUGAUUCAGGCGCUCACCCCAACCAAAGCUGGCGGCGUCCGCGCUCCCUCCAACACUCCAUCGGCAACAAUCAACGCAGCAAAGCUCGGCCGAAGUCCCAGUGGGAACAUCAAGAGCAAGAAGGAGGUUUCCAUUCUGGAUGAUACUCAAGAGACACCCAAGAAGUCGACCCAACGGGUUGCCGAGACUGUCAAGGAGAACAGUCGAGAGGUUUCGGGGCAGGAUGAGGAUGCUAUUUCUAUCUCCUCCACGCUGUAG